UGGUGUGAACGUUGCAACGUCUUGGAGCUCCACCCCUGGACAUCUUGGACCCGUCCCAACUCGCAAUGUCCGAACAAACGGCGCUGGCUCGGCUUCCCAAGUCCGUCAGCCGCUGGCUUGGCUAUCGUUCGAGUCCCCACAAACCUCUACCGCAGUACCAGGUCUGGGGCUGGUCGUUCAUCGCUUCCUUUUGCGGCCUCUGUGUCUUGCAGGCCAUAUUCAACUACUCCCAGUAUUUCAUUAGUCGAGGCGUGCCAGGCAUCAUUGCCUCCUUCGGUGCAUCAGCCGUGCUGGUCUAUGGUGCAAUUGACGCUCCCCUGGCACAGCCCCGUGCACUCAUAUUCGGCCAUUUCCUGAGUGCAUUGGUGGGAAUAUGCAUCACGAAGCUGUUUAGCCUGAUCCCAGACGAGGAAAAGUUCCAGUCGGUGCGAUGGCUGGCCGCAUCGCUGUCCACGGCUGUCGCCAUUGUGGUCAUGCAGGUCACGCAGACCACUCAUCCCCCGGCGGGCGCGACGGCCCUUCUCCCGGCGACGGACGAUGCGGUGUGGGAGAUGUCAUGGUACUUCCUACCUGUGGUUUUGCUGUCCUCCACGAUGGUCCUUCUGGUAGCACUGCUGCUGAACAAUAUCCAGCGUCGCUACCCGGUGUUUUGGAUCGCUCCUGCGAAACCGGCCCCAAGCCCUGCGCAGAAUGAUCUCCCAAAGUGACGUGUUUCUCGUUGGUGAUCCACGGUAUUGCUUCAUUCAAUUUGCGUACGAGAGCGACAGCGAGGUGGUUGUGACGCCAGGAACCAGGCUUCAUAUAAAUACCCAUGGUUUCAGCCAAUGGUGAUAAUGGGUAUGACUCACGGUAUCGUUAAUCUUACUGUACAUAAUACUCCUGCUCUGAGCAUGG